AUGACCAGCCUCAGAGCCGGACGGAGGGUCCUGGCCCUGGUUCUCCUGGUUGUCCUCCAGCUUCAGGCCUGUAGGGGACAGGGUGCUGCUGAGCUCAGGAAGCCCAUCUACCAGAGACUCAGACGACUUGACGAUCAGUUCCGUCGAUUCCAGGAACAGACCCUGAGCCGGUUAGACCUUCUGUCCCAUAUGUCUAAUGUGUCGACCACCCUAGAGGUCAGAGUUCAGACCCUGUCUGACCAACACAGAAACCUUACCCAGGAACUCACACAACUCAGAGACACCACCACACAGGGCAGCAGGCAGACCCAGAGACUGAGUCAGGAGCAGGGAGAGUCUCUCUCCAGCCUCACCCUAGAGCUCCACAGCCAGGAGGAGCGUCUCGACUCCCUGGAGGCCCAGCGAGAGGAGCUUCUGGUCGGGCUGAGAGGUCUCCAGGAGUCCCUGAGGAAGAAGGAUCUCCGGAUGAGCCGGCUGGAAGGGAGGCUGGGGGAGCUUUUACAGGGGAAUGUAGUCUCUUCCUGGGGAUCAGAGAGGACAGGAGACCCCCUCACCUCCAACCUCACCCCCCAGGACACAGCACCCCCACGGAGGACCCAGGCCUCCAGAGGACAGAGCCCAAGACAGGACACCCAGACCCAGCCCGGACACACCCAGACAUAUUACCAGCCCCAGACCCAGCCCGGACACACCCAGACAUAUUACCAGCCCCAGCCUCAGCCCUACUCUCAGCCCCAUCUCCAACCCCAGCCCAAACCCCAUCCCCAUCCCCAACCCAAACCCCAACCCCAUUCCCAGCCAAAACACACCAAAGACAGGAUGAGGAUGAGGACAAGACUACAGCCUCCACUUCCCCACCCCACACAGCCUCCUUCUCAGUCCCAGAAGGAGAGGAAGAGACUGGGGGAGAGAGGACAGGAAAGCCCCCGGCCUGGUCAUCCUCAACAGGGGCCAAAACCACAGUCUGUGGAGGAGACGAGAGAGGAGGGAGAGAUGGAGAGGAGGAGGGGGGACGAGGUGUGGAGGAGGAUCUGUAAUGUGGACUCCAUGCUCCUGUUCCCGUCAGCUUCCUCUGAGAACUACGUCACCUUCUCCCGGAGCUUCCCUGCUCUUCCAGAACUCUCUGUGUGCCUGUGGCUCCGCGUCGACGUCGGGUACGUAGGAACGCUCCUCUCUUACGCCACGGAAGACAACGACAACAAACUAGUUCUAUACGGACGCAACUCCUCCUCCUCCUCUUCCUCCACCCCCAGCCGAGAAACCCUGGACUUCGUGGUGGGAGACCCUGCGUACCGUGAGCUCCCUGUGGACUCUGUGCUGGACGGGCGCUGGCACCACCUCUGUGUCCUCUGGUCCUCUAUCCAGGGACGAUUCUGGCACUACACCGACCAGCGCCUGACCUCCGCAGGGUCACGGUUCAGGAAGGGUUACGAGGUGCCGGGAGGGGGGUUAGUGGUGCUGGGAGCAGAGCAGGACAGCCAGGGGGGAGGGUUUGAUCCCACCGAGGGGUUCGUGGGGCGUCUGGCGGGGUUCACCGUGUGGGACCGGGUGUUGAGUCCUGGGGAGGUGACGGGGGUGGCUACGGGGAGGGGGGUACCCCGGGGGGUGGUGCUCGAGUUGGGGGACGUUGACGGAGUUCAUGGGGAGGUGCAGCAGGUAGCCUGCGAGUGCCUGGAACACUGUAGCUGA